CGCUGCAGCCCACCCCGCGGGAGCGCGCCACUCCGACGCCCGCCUGCUCGGAGAUGCCUGCGGAAUGAUCGCCCCCCAGGGCGGCUGCCGCGGCUGCUGCUCCUGCCGCCGCCUCCUCCGUCUCCUCUCCGCUCCGGCUGGCGGGCAGAAAGUGCAACUGGCGAGGGGAAGGUCUCCGCAGUGACACUGGAGUGGCCACGGAAAAGAGAGUGAAGAGGGGGCCCACAGCCGGAUCAGAAUGCAGGCGACGUCCAGCCUAGUCAAUCUGCUGCUGCUGUCUCUGCUGGCAGGAUUGGACCCUUCCAAGACUCAGAUUAGUCCCAAGGAAGGAUGGCAAGUUUACAGCUCCGCACAGGAUCCCGAUGGGCGGUGCAUCUGUACGGUGGUCGCUCCAGAGCAGAACCUGUGCUCCCGGGAUGCCAAAAGCAGGCAGCUCCGCCAGCUGCUCGAAAAGGUUCAGAAUAUGUCCCAGUCUAUUGAAGUCUUAAACUUGAGAACUCAGAGAGAUUUCCAGUAUGUCCUAAAAAUGGAAACUCAAAUGAAAGGGUUGAAGGCCAAGUUUCGGCAGAUUGAAGACGAUCGGAAGACGCUAAUGACCAAGCAUUUUCAGGAGCUGAAGGAAAAGAUGGACGAGCUGCUGCCCUUGAUCCCGGUCCUGGAGCAGUACAAAACCGACGCCAGGCUCAUCACCCAGUUCAAGGAGGAGAUCCGGAACCUGUCCACCGUCCUCACGGGCAUCCAGGAGGAGAUCGGGGCCUACGACUACGAGGAGCUGCACCAGCGCGUGCUCAGCCUGGAGACCAGGCUCCGCGACUGCAUGAAGAAGCUGACCUGCGGCAAACUGAUGAAAAUCACGGGCCCGAUCACCAUCAAGACCUCUGGAACCCGCUUCGGCGCCUGGAUGACCGAUCCUCUGGCAUCCGAGAAGAACAACAGGGUCUGGUACAUGGACAGUUACACUAACAACAAAAUUGUCCGCGAGUACAAAUCAAUGGCGGACUUUGUCAGCGGAGCCGAGUCCAGGACAUACAACCUCCCUUUCAAAUGGGCAGGAACCAACCACGUGGUGUACAACGGCUCCCUCUAUUUCAACAAGUAUCAGAGUAACAUCAUCAUCAAAUACAGCUUUGACCUGGGCCGGGUGCUCGCCCAGCGCAGCCUGGAGUAUGCUGGCUUUCAAAACGUCUACCCCUACACCUGGGGGGGCUUCUCCGACAUCGACCUCAUGGCCGACGAGAUCGGGCUGUGGGCCGUGUACGCGACGAACCAGAAUGCCGGCAACAUUGUCAUCAGUCAGCUGAACCAAGACACCUUGGAGGUGACGAAGAGCUGGAACACCGGCUAUCCCAAGAGGAGUGCGGGGGAGUCCUUCAUGAUCUGUGGGACGCUGUACGUCACCAACUCACACUUAACCGGAGCAAAGGUGUAUUACUCCUACUCGACCAAAACCUCCACCUAUGAGUACACAGAUAUCCCCUUCCACAACCAAUUCUUUCACAUCUCCAUGCUCGACUACAAUGCCAGGGAUAGAGCUCUUUAUGCCUGGAACAAUGGUCACCAGGUCCUGUUCAAUGUCACCCUCUUCCACAUCAUUAAGACUGAGGAUGACACAUAAGCCCAUGUAACAGGGGUUCGUUGAUCUCAAUGGUGUCAUUUGUGAUAAACUCUGUAGGACCUC